CGUGCCUCUUCCGCGCCCGGCGUGGCGCAGUUCCCGCCCACCAGCGGGUCGGUGACAGGUGCCGGUGCGGCAGCGGGAAGCGCGCUCACCUCCUCCGGGCUCUGGGCGCUGCCGCGGCCGGCCCGCCGCGUUUUCCUAGAGUUGUCAUCUAAAGACUGAAUAUGGACCCUGAAAAUGAAAUAAAGAAGCAAGUAAACCCCUUUUACUGCAAUAUUUGCAAAAUAAGGUGUUCUUCUGCAUUAAACUUGCAGACUCACUUCCUUGGAACAAAACACAAGACGAUUGAAGAAGCUUUGAAAGCUCAUGGCAUGGUUAAAACAGACAGUUGCUUAGGGAAGAAACUGGAAACACUUGUGAAACUUCCUGAUUUUGUUAAAACAGAAAGCUGCUUAGGGAAGAAAGUGCAAACACCUGCAAAACUUCCGGAUUUUGUGCCACUUGAGCCAGAGAAGUUUCAUGGACAAACAUUGGAAGACCAGCUUAAUACAUGUAAAGAUUCAGAACCUGCACUUGGACUCAAUUACAUAAUAGAAUACCGAACAAAUGACAAUGUUCCUUUUCUCUAUGAAUGUCAACUAUGCUACUUUAAAACAGGACUGAGUAACAUGUUCAUGCAUGUUUGUGGUUCCAAGCACAGACUGGCAUACUUGAGGCAACAUUAUCCGGAGAUAGCACAGUCUGAUGAAGUUAAGUGUAAAGGCUCUGAAUUGAACAAAAAAGUUAGGCAAAUUGGAUUAACAAUUGAGAAGAAAGAAGGAAGAAAACAAAUACAGGUACAAUUUUCUUAA